GCACGUCUCUAAUUUGAGGUUAAGCUACUUAUUUAGUGUCAAAAGUUGUUAAUAAAACAAGCAAAAUUAUUAAAUAUUGGAUCAUAGCACACUGUAAUUAUGGCUAAUUUAAUAAAAUAUAUACCUGGAUUAUUCUCCAACGUACACAAAUUUCUACCGACAACAUCUAAAUUUCAUUCUCUGACACAACAGGCAACUUCCGCUGUAAAUCCCGGCGGUUUGUUUAGUCUGGCAACUAGAAAUAUCAUAAGAAUUCACUUUCCGAGACCUUCGGAGAAUAAAAGAGUCAAAAGACAUGGGUAUAAGCAUAGGAUGUCCACCAAGGAGGGACGAAGAGUUAUAAUGAAUAGGAUUUUGAAAGGGAGAUACGUCAUAACGCAUUAGUAUAGUGUUUUGUAAAUAAUAUUAGGGAUUGUGUAAAGUGAGAAAUAAAUAUUUAUUAAUACA